AAAAAAACACAUGCCUUAGGAUAAUAAGAAAUUUUUCUAUGGAUUUUUCACCAGGAAGCUCUAGUUCUUCUACCUCAAAGUUCUUUUAUUCACAACUAUGUAAUAAUCAGCCGAAAGCGUAUGAAAGUUCACAAAAGGAAUUGGGAAAUAAUGUUCCUUCUUUUCCUGUGAAUUCCAAUAAUAACACUUUCCCUGAUAAUGAAAUUAUCGUGCUUUCGUCUUCAGAUUCUGAAGUAGAGUUUGAAUUGAAGAGCACUGAUAAUAGACUUGUUGCGUUUAAUAAAGAUAAAGGUAAAGAACGAGAAUAUAGUACUGAUCUCGACUUUGGUACCAUUUCUUCUGUUGUUAAUAUGAAUACCGUACAAUUAAACGAAUCUGAUUCAUUUGGUGCCAGUAAUCAAUCCUUGGUGUAUGACAAAGGUAAAAACAAAGAACGAGAAGAAGAUUCUCACAAUGCUACGGUUUCAAUAGAUGAUUCGGAUGAUGAACUCGUUGAUAUGGAAAUUGAUUAUGACAUUCCACAACCUGCGACAUUUGUUUCGAAUCAAUUAAAGUCUUGGACUACUGAUACCGGACUUGAACCUGUGGUAAAUAAUAUACCAAAAGAGCAACAAGCAAGAGAACCUAAUUAUGUUGAAAAAGUGAUUAAAUUUUUUAACUUAUAUAAUUAUACAUUUGAUAUUUUUGAUAUUGUAAUUGAUUUUUCAAAUAAAUAUCAAGAAAUGUUCCAAGAAGACAGUGCACAUUUACAAUCUUAUCAUAAUAAUCCUUGUGUAUUACUUGAACUAUUAAGUAACUUUUUGUCGAGAAGACUCAAUUCGGCAGGUGUUCAUGGGACGGAUUUUAUUAAUUUGGAGACAUUAGCAGCUGAAUAUUAUGAAAAGCUAAAAAGUGCAGAAAUAGGACGGCAAGGGUUAUAUAGGACCACUUUUCAUAGUGAUAAAUUUCACUCUACUGCUAAAUCUCUUAGUGAAGAAAAAAUGUCAAUUGUAAAUUCUCAAAUUGGCAGCAAUUUACCCGCAAUAAAAUGUAAAAAGACGAAGAAUAAAAAAGUCAAAAAAAAUAAAUCCUCAAAUGGGCCCAAAGUAGAUCUUGAGAAAAUUUUGAAUUCUGCGGUACAAUUACCUGAAUACAAAAUAGAUACUAAAACACCUUCGUUAUCUAUAACGGAACAUUUGAACAAGUUUGUAUUUAAUCAAGGAGGCUUUAUUAAUUCAAUAACUCAAUCGACAAACGGAAGUUCCAACUUUUCCGUAUCACCUCAAGGGAGUAAACAGACAUUUAAUAGCCCUAUACUUCCCACAUUAAACACUAAUUUUUCAACACUUUAUGGAGUUUCUGAUAAUCAGGCAGUACAAACAGUUGCUUCAACAUCAUCAAAUACAGGAAAACAUCCUGUAGAAGUUUUAGUUGAAUCAGAUUCACAAACAACAACCACAAUUAUUUCAAAUGAAAUCGAUCCGAAUCCAUCAAGCAAUAAUGAAAUAGAGACAACAGAAUAUAGUAUACGUAGACAUGUGCCUCAUGAAGAAUGGCCAAUCCCCGAUCUUUCUCCUGAAUCUGAUAAGCAAUAUAAAAGUAUGAUGGCAGAUGCUAUACAAAAAUUAGCCAUUACGAAUCUCGCUAUGAAACAUAAUCCUGAAUCAGGACCUGGUGAAUUGGAUAGCAUUGUAAAUAAGUUUAAGAUAAAGAAAAUAGCUAAAGAUUCUGGUUCUGCACAUACUUAUAAUGAAACUUUGAUGAAUAUCUUUAAUCAUGGUGGUAUGGAUAUGGUUAUGGAAAGAUUAGAGGGAAAUGUUUCUUCUCACUUGAAGGUUAAACCAAAAGAAAAUAGAAGACAGAGAAAGAAACGACGUCUUCUGCAAAAACAAGCAAAAGGUAAAUGUAGCGGUAAAAAAAAUGAUAAUACUGAUAAUGAUAAUGUUUUAAGGCUUUAAAAUUAGACAAAGAACAUUUAUUUAAUUGUGUAAUAUAAAAUAAUAACAUCUGUAAUUUGUAUUAGC